UCUCGUGGACACCACACGUACUCACUCACUCUCCCUACCACCAACCACCACCAAGUACAACCAUCCUACCAGUUCAAGUUACAUCAAAAUGGAGCUUGAAACCUAACCAAAUCCCACCAAAUCUAAACCCAAUCCCACCUAACCUAACUCAACCUACAUGAGAUUCGGCCCUGCACCCCCCCCCCCACUACCACCAUUCAGAAUUUGAUUUAAAGAAACUAUCAGAAAAAUUAACAUAAAUAGCAUCAGGGUUUUUCUUCCUAAUUAACGUGUUUUUCUGUUUAGCCAAGCGGGACUUUUACAGGUAUUAUCCAAUGUUUUCCUGAUUACGUCUUGUCGACCCUAGAAGACCUAUUUUUGAAGAGAUUGUUGAAAAUUUAAUCUAUUUUCUCGGAUUCCGUGAAGCUUGGAGACCUAUUUUAUGUCAUAGUGAAACUCGACCUAUUUUUUUCUGAGAAUUUGGUGAAACUUGAGCCUCUAAGUUAAGGACUUAGUGAAACUUGAGGACUUCUGAAAGAGAUAAUGAAACCUGGAGCUUUAAAGCCUAAGACUUAUUGAAAAUUGAGGCCACGGUUUCUAAGACUUGGUGAAAAGGUGACGUAAGAAAUUGCUCGUGUGGUGAUGACCCUGGGAGUGAAGUGUUGAUUUAAGCCUUCGUCAGGAGAAAAAGACACUUGCAAUAUCAGUAACACCUCUGCAACACCAACAAGAUCUCUGCAAAAUCGACAAAAUCUUUGCAACAUCGACAAGAUCUUUGCAACAUCGACAAAAUCUUUGCAACAUUAUCAAGAUAUUUGCAACAACAACAAGACCUCUGCAACAUCAACUAGAUCUCUGCAACAUAGACAAUAUCUUUGCAACAUCAACAAGACCUCUGCAACAUUAUCAAGAUCACUGCAAUAUCAACCGAGCCUCAACAGUAACUCAACCAGUGAUUAAGGAGCUUCAUUUCAAACCUUAGUCAGGAGAGAACUCUGAAGAUAACCUGUACAGACUCGUGAGAAAGCAAACGACUUCAUUCAGAGGCUCAUCAGAAGACAAGAGGCUCCAUUGAGAGUCUCGUCCAAUAAGAAGCAUUUAUCCUAAUAUUUAAACGUUACUAAUUACUGCAUUUAUUUCCUUAAGAUACACACUGGAAAGACCUUAGCUAUUGAAGCCCACACACACACACCCUAUACAGUAAGUCACCUCGUUCAUUAAAACAUCGUAAUACAUUAUCUCAACAAUACAGAAAACCUCCCUCCCUCCCUCCUUCCUUCCUCUCUCUCUCCCCCCCACACACGGAGGCUUGAGAAGGAUGUCGACCAACAGCACAGAGGCUUCCAUGCCCCCCGUAGAGGAUGUUGAGGCUGCCAAGAAGAAAGCUCAACACUUCGACAUGGAGAACUUAAUAAGUUACGUAAUGAUUGAAGAAGCGUUGAGGAGACGAGAGACGAUGAGAGACAAGCAGGAGGAGACGUGGAGAGGCCGAUUUGGUGAAUUUGCCGACUCCUUCAGUGCUCACGGCUUUGGCAGAGCAAUUGGGAGCCGCAGUUGGAUCCGCCGCGUGGUGUGGAUGAUAGUGGUGGGGGUCAUGCUCUCCUGGGGGACCUUCCAGUGUUACAAGGUCAUCGCUGAGUAUAUGACCUAUCCUAAAAAAGUCUCUAUUGGGGUAGAGGAGGACAUGACAGCAGAAUUCCCGGCAGUGACAGUAUGUAACCUGAAUCCACUGGCCAGUAAGGACAAGCUAAGGGGCCACGAGAAAUGGGGGCCCUUCAUUUAUAUUGAGGAAAUGAACGCCGAGCCAAUGUGUGAGGGCCUGAGCAACAACCAAGACGACUUCUACGUAGAGGAAGAGUACUCACCAAACUACGACUACGACUACCAACAAGACUACGACACAGGCUUCAACAGUGGGUUUGGAAAUGACUUUUAUGGUUAUGCUUAUGGUGACUACGAAUAUUUGACUGGAACAACGACAGGUGGAACAACUACAGAUGGUACAACCACAGGUGGAACAACUACUACAGGUGGUACAACGACAGGUGGAACAACUACAGGGGGAACAACUACUACAGAUAGUACAACGACAGGUGGAACAACUACUACAGAUAGUACAACGACAGGUGGAACAACUACUACAGGUGGAACAACGACAGGUGGAGCAACCACAGGGGGAACAACUACUACAGAUAGUACAACGACAGGUGGAGCAACCACAGGGGGAACAACUACAGGUGGUACAACGACAGGUGGAACAACUACAGGGGGAACAACUACUACAGAUAGUACAACGACAGGUGGAACAACUACUACAGGCGGAACAACUACAGGUGGAACAACUAUUACAGGCGGAACAACUACAGGUGGAACAACUACUACAGGCGGAACAACAACUACUGGUGGUACAACUACAGGUGGAACAACAACUACUGGUGGUACAACUACAGGUGGAACAACAACUACUGGUGGUACAACUACAGGUGGAACAACAACUACUGGUGGUACAACUACUGAUGCCACUACAGCUGCAACAACUACAGGUGCCACUACAGCUGCAACAACUACAGGUGCCACUACAGCUGCAACAACUACAGGUGCCACUACAGCUGCAACAACUACAGGUGCCACUACAGCUGCAACAACUACAGAUAGUACCACUGUAGCUACAAGUGCCUCUACUGAUGGGUCAACUACAGCUGGUACUACUGAUGGGUCAACUACAGGUGAUGCCACUACAGCUUCAACAACAACAGAUGCCACUACAGCUUCAACAACAACAGAUGCCACUACAGCUUCAACAACAACAGAUGCCACUACAGCUUCAACAACAACAGAUGCCACUACAGCUUCAACAACAACAGAUGCCACUACAGCUUCAACAACAACAGAUGCCACUACAGCUUCAACAUACGAAGACUUACGUAGAAAAAGAGACACACUGAAUAUUAAACCUGAAACCCUAAAACACUUCAUCAAGACCAAGAAGGUGAAUGGAGAAGGGACUAACACACACACAUACGAUGGCAGUUCAUGGAUAAAGGAAGCUAGAGUUAGGUUCAAGAGAGAAGCCAAGGAGGAAAAAGUUACAGCAGCUCGGGAGGAAAAGGUCACCGAUAAUAUUCGAACACUGGAUUUCUUACAGUUUACUCAGGCUAAUGAACACAAGUUCGUGGUGGAGUAUGAAGAAUACGAGGAUGUAACCAAGACAGAUGCUGCAAAGACUCCCGACAAAUUCUUCCCAUACGAAGACCUUCAUGAUCGAUAUGACACCAAGGAAAAUAUUGAACAGAUACGCCUACAGUGCAGUUUCUACUACAAAUACCUCAAGUACCGGCAAGAUGAAGAAAGUGAUAACCAAGGAAUGGGUCUUAGUUUUGACCCUAAAGAUGACCAGGGUUGUCUAUAUAAGAACUACAAAAUGGAUGUCUCCUACAAUAUUCUCUGCCGCCUGGAGAUCUUCUGUGACAACUUUGGCUGUUUUGACUACAACUUGAAAGAGUACACAGAGACGAGAGGUAUGGAAUACAAUGAAGAGACCCACUGCCCAUCCUGUUCCAAAGAUUGUUUACCAAAGAGCUUUUUCGAUACCUGGGUUGACACCAAUUUGACGGUAAGCAUGGUGGAGAGAAUGUUUCAGAAGAGCCACACACCUGACUUCUCCGAUGUGGUGGGAGUGUUUUCGCCUACAGCCCAGGAUUUAGAUACUUAUGGUCUUCCUACCAAAGAUUUUAUUCGUACCUGUAGCUACGACCGGCGGCCUUGUACCCAUAAACAUUUCCAAUCGUGGACUAGUGAUCAGUACGGCAUGUGUUACACCUAUAACUCAGCUUUCCGUAAGAUCAAACUCAAGAAUAAGAAAAUUGUGAGAGCAGUUCCCAAAAAGACUUCUACUGUCGGUCCUAGGAAUGGGUUGAGGCUGAUGAUUGGCAUACAGGUGAAGAAUUACCUGUCCCUCCUGUCACCUGAGAUCGGGGUGAGGGUGAUCGUCCACAGUCCUCGCCAGUUGCCUUUUCCUGAGGACGAGGGCUUCAAUAUCUCCCCUGGCCUCAGUGUCUCUGUUGGAGUGUCUAGGAAAAAGAUAGAAAGGGUUGGUCCUCCUCAUGGUACCUGCAGGUCGACCACAGACUCCAAGACUUUCCACGAGUACUCCUCUGUUAGAUGCAAGAAGGUGUGUGUGGAGCAGGAGCUGUGGAGUAAGUGCGAGUGCUACAGCGGCAAAAGUCCAGCCUACGACAUCCAGACUAUCAAGAAGCCUAAGAUACAAUGUUCUGCCUUCAAUAUUACCCAAAAGUUGUGUACGGAGAUGGUGAUGUUUUCCUACCAGCAGCGACUUAUUAACUGUGACUGCCCACCAUCUUGUCACGAGACGAUGUUCCAGACGAGGGUAACGUCGAGUGAGGAGAAUACCCUUUUUUACUACAUCGUCCAGAACCUAACCAAGAGGAUGAUGGGAGACGACCUGUGUACUGGGGCCCAGAACGAGACAGUCCGCCUCCAUGUGUACCUGGAGUCCCUCACUUACGAGAAGAUUCAAGAGAGUGCCGCCUACACUUGGGACACCCUCAUCUGUAACGUGGGUGGUAACUUAGGGCUCUUCAUCGGCAUGUCUCUGGUGACCAUAAUGGAGGUGGUGGAGUUCCUCGUGGAUCUGGCCAUCUUCUGUUUCCGCUCAAGACGUAAACAUCAGCCAAACUCGAGUGUGAAGAUCGCUCCCAUAGGACCUAUCCCAUAUGGCUCACUUGUGCCUUUUCAAUCAGAAUCGUCCACACAGACCCACAGUGCUCGCCAACCUAUCUGUAGUGACCCGCCCUGGCCACAAAUGCCGAGAGGCCCCGCUGCGUCAAGUGCCUUCGACAAAGCCUUCUUGGACGACAACUACUAGUACACUCCACCAAACCAUCCAGAGUCUGUGUCAAUAUCUUCACAACUUAUGGACCUGAGGUUAUAUUAUGCAAGAACAAGAAUGUUUAAAUGGUGUAGAUAGAAAUAUUGCUUCUGAAACUGAACCUCAACAGAAAAUGAUACAGUAUUACGAAAAGAUGAGAAUUGUAAUACCUGUAACUAAGUAUUUCAAUCUUCUUCUGAAAUACAAAGAUAAAAAAGGAUCCAAAGUACCGUCUUACAUAAAGGUUCAGCUGACGAUCAUCAUAUAUGCAAAGUUUCAUAAAAUUCUCUUGAAUAUUGGAAGGUCAUAGGAAGGCUCACUUGAAUAGUUGACUAGACAAAGGCCAUUCCUAUAUCUCUGACAGCAGAUGAUGGCAGGGAACAAGAACUACCAUUUACCAAUAAUUAUGUUCACCUGAAAAUAUUGACUGCAGUAAUAAAUAAAAGAUUUGAUUAUGCACAUGUAAUAUUAUAAAGUACUGAACAUUAUCCCAGUGUUUCUGUCAUGAGUGCAAAUUACAAAGUUCUCUAUGUGUCAAAUCAAGUGUUCUCAAUGUGUCAUGUCAAGUGUAUACAGAUCCUCUUCCUUCAAGUAUUUUGGACCUGGUCUGGCGGGCUCCAUGUUACAGGUCAACACUUUUACAUAUUUUUCUUAUUCAUAUCCAUAAUUUUCCAUUGAAUGAAUUAAUAAUCAAUGUUAUGAAAUGUUACUUAACACAUUUAAAUAGUAUAUAAUUAUUGCAUUUUCUUCAUAUCUGUAUAAUCAACUAUUACAAAAUACAAC